GUAUUCUUUUACAGACACCUCGAAAGCUGUGACGUUACCUGCCAUUUCUUCCGGCGCCUUAUCUCCGUCCAUUCCUCCCAUCGAGGAUUCCAUCUUCUUCAUAAUCAUUGUUACAGAGUUUGCUCUUGUACUUGCAAGAUCGCUCUCUCAUUCUUCUUCCCCAAACUAAUAUUGGCUUUUAGCUCAGAAGAAUGGCGGCCUUGUAUGUUCUGUCCCGGCGAUCUUCGUCUUCGCAACUCUUUGGAAUGGCGCGUUACGCUACUAGAUCAUACUCCACGGCUUUUCGCGAGGAAAGAGAUACGUUUGGACCGAUCAACGUUCCCUCCGAUAGAUUAUGGGGAGCUCAAACGCAGAGAUCGUUGCAGAACUUCGAAAUUGGAGGAGACCGUGAGCGAAUGCCUGAUCCUAUAAUUCGUGCCUUUGGCGUCCUUAAAAAGUGUGCUGCUAAGGUAAACAUGGAAUACGGUCUUGAUCCAACCAUUGGGAAAGCUAUUAUGCAAGCAGCCCAAGAAGUAGCGGAGGGAAAGUUGAAUGAUCACUUUCCACUAGUUGUAUGGCAAACUGGAAGUGGCACUCAGAGUAAUAUGAACGCGAAUGAGGUCAUUGCCAACAGAGCAUCUGAGAUCCUUGGUCAUAAACGUGGUGAGAAGUUUGUGCACCCAAAUGACCAUGUUAAUCGGUCACAAUCUUCUAAUGAUACAUUCCCUACUGUAAUGCACAUAGCAGCUGCAACAGAAAUUAAUUCCAGAUUCAUACCAAAAUUGAAAACUUUGCAUUCAUCACUAUACUCGAAGUCUAUAGAAUUCAAAGACAUCGUUAAGAUUGGACGCACUCACACUCAAGAUGCAACACCAUUAACUCUUGGGCAAGAAUUCAGUGGCUAUACCACACAAGUGAAGUAUGGUAUUGACAGAGUCUUGUGCACUCUACCUCGAAUGUAUCAGCUUGCCCAAGGUGGAACUGCUGUUGGAACUGGAUUGAACACAAAGAAAGGAUUUGAUGUGAAGAUAGCUGCAGCAGUAGCUGAAGAAGCAAAUUUGCCAUUUGUGACAGCAGAAAACAAGUUUGAAGCCUUGGCUGCACAUGAUGCCUUUGUUGAAACUAGUGGGGCUCUUAACACAGUUGCUACUUCUUUGAUGAAGAUUGCCAAUGACAUACGCCUGCUGGGAAGUGGUCCACGUUGUGGUCUUGGUGAACUUAUUCUUCCCGAAAAUGAGCCUGGCAGUAGUAUUAUGCCAGGAAAGGUAAACCCCACUCAAUGCGAGGCUCUCACUAUGGUCUGUGCUCAGGUCAUGGGAAACCAUGUGGCAGUAACUGUUGGCGGGUCGAAUGGUCACUUUGAACUUAAUGUAUUUAAGCCAAUGAUCGCCAAUGCUCUUUUGCAUUCAUUGAGAUUAUUAGGGGAUGCGUCUGCUUCAUUUGAAAAGAACUGUGUGAGGGGAAUUCAAGCUAACAGUGAAAGAAUUUCGAAAUUACUCCGUGAGUCACUUAUGCUCGUCACGGCUUUGAAUCCUAAAAUUGGUUACGACAAUGCUGCUGCAGUUGCAAAGACAGCCCACAAGGAAGGUUCGACUUUGAAGGAAGCUGCAUUGAAGCUUGGUGUUCUAAGCGAGGAAGAUUUUGAUAAAUAUGUGGUACCUGAGAAAAUGAUUGGUCCAUCUGAUUGAUAAAAGCUAAAGCUUCUUCUGUGUUUGGAUAAUUGUUUCGUCAAAACCAAUUUGAAGAGGUAACUCUCAUUUUUUCCCUUGGAAGGAAUAAGAAAUCCAUUUUUAUGAGGAUUGAACUUGAUAAUAACAAAAAAAACCACAGAAGAAAAUUUCCCCUCAGGCUGGCCUUUGUAUUUCCAGCGGAAAAUGUGGUGAUCUUGUUCUGUCAAAAUUUUGCCAGAGUUUUAUUCACGAAAGCAAAUUAAUAAUAUGUUUUGUAGACAAUUGGUCAUUGUUUACAUCCA